GCUCUCUAUUUUGACAGCCCAUAAGUAAGUCCUUGGCUCUUUGGCAAGUAAGUUUCUUGAAGUCUCUCAUAUCAGCAAAAACAGUUUUCACAUUUCAGAGUCCAUGGCCGAUACCAACAGUAUUGAGUUGAAGGUCUUGGUGGACAAGGGGAGUAACCAAGUUAUCUUCGUAGAGCCUGACUAUAAUUUUGUUGAUGUUCUCUUCAGUUUAUUGACAAUCCCCAUGGGAACAAUUAUCAGGCUUGCACGUAAACAUUCAGAUCCUGUGGCAAUAGGUUGCAUGAACAACUUAUAUGCAAGUGUUGAGAAUUUUGACGAUCAAGAAUUUUGGAUUCAUACAUUUAAAGACAUGUUGCUGCAUCCCCGCAAUGCAGCCGAUUCUCAGUGCAAUGCCCUCAAAUUGAAACUUGAUGAUGCUAAGCCAAGACGUUACUUUAUGAACCCCAAUUCAUGUGAUUUAUUUGCUUAUUCGUGUUCAUCACGCAUGUGUUCGGAGAAGAGUCUUUCAUUCCGUUCUCAAGAUGGAAGUGUCUUUAUGAAAGGACGAACCAGGUUUACAGUUACUGAUGAUUUACAAGUGAUCCCCCCAAGUUCAUCAGCCAAUUCUGUAUUUACUAAGCUUCGUGUCAUCGAUGUGGAUUCCCUGGAGGAGUUGACUAUCAAUAUUGGAACUGUUGAGAUUUUGAAUUUGCUCAUGUGCUCCUUAGUGUCAAAAACACCUUUGACUGAAACCCUGUUGAAGCCUAAACAAGAUCUUAAAUCGAGCAGUACAAUUCUUAAUCAAGCAAUAGAUAUUGAAUCGCAAAUGUCCGGAGACUCAAUGAAUGAUGAAGAAGAUAAGAUUUGUUUGAAUCUUGUGGUCAGCAAAUCUAAGAAGAUGGUCUGUUAUGCAGAAGCAGGGGAGGAUUUUGUUAAUUUGCUCUUCAGUUUCCUAACUCUACCUCUUGGGUUUAUAGUAAAAAACAUGAAGAAUAGUUCCUUGAAAGGUUGCAUCGGGCACUUGUACCAAACUAUCCAGGAUUUGGAUGGGCAAUACAUGAUUUCAGAUCACCACAAGCAAAUGCUACUUGAUCCCAAACUUGUUCCUGGUUUUUGCUAUAAGAACAGUCUUUUAGGAAUUGAGGAGACCUCAUAUUAUUAUUCUUACUAUACCUUCAGUACUGAUAUAUCCCUUUGUUCAUCGGAAUUAUUUAAAGUCAAACUGGUUAGUUCUGAUUCCGUGGAUUUAAGUGCUCAAGGAUUUCUGAAGAGACCUGCGAUGUUUGUAGUAACUGACAAUCUGGUUGUAAGACCGAUGUCUCGGAUCUUUGAGCUGCAAGUUCUUAAAGACUUGAAUGUGCCUGUCACUGACAUUGAGGAUCAAACUGUGCAUGUGGGCAAGAAGGAGGCUUUGCAUCUUUUGCUGUCUUCUUUUCUUUGUGACUCUGUUCUGACCAAUACCUUCGUUGGGGAUCUUAGGGAGCCAAAGCAAGAACAAUGAGGGAUUGGUUAGUAUUCUACUUACAAAGAAGAGGUUGCCUUUGUUGUUACUACAUAAGAAUUCUAGUAGGCUAUUGAUGUGAGAUUAACUUUUGUGUGUACAUGGUAUGACCUGCAUACAAGGUUUGCCAUUUGAUCAUUUUGGGCUGUAAGAAACGUGUACUAUUUUGCUAGAUCUAUGUCUUAGCUUAUGUUUGGUUAAAUUUUGUUAUAGUCAUUGUCCAAUCUUAUUUCUGAAUAGCUUGAGGCUAGUCAGCCAUGAACUAUGGUCGUGAAGAAAAAAUAUAAACCCAUAAAAGCUUUGACUAGUUUUGCAGUAUUAUUAAGAAUGGAUUGAGGCUAGUCAGCCAUUUGAUCAUUUGUAAGAAACUUGUAGUAUUUUGUUA